AACGAGACUGUUUGAAAAGCGAAGAGACUCGUUGAUUUUCUGUGAAGCGACAGUUUUACUAUAAAUGUUGACUGGAAGCGAAACCCGCCCAGAGAGAAGCUGGAGAGACACCCCUGGCGGAGGAGGACAGUUACUGAGGAUUUCUCAGAAACGGCGUUCACUUUAAAACGAAAGCGAAACGUAUGUGUGUUGGUGUAGUUAGUGUACGGGUCCUGAACGUUUAUUUAACUCCUUACCGAUCACCAGCGGACAGAUGAUCAAACCAACAGAGAGAGAGAGAGAGAGUAAGAGAGGAUGUGAAAGACAAUGUGGAUAUACUAUACCGUUGGAUUACCGCGUCUUCUCUCUACUAGUUUGAACGUUUAUUGAUGAUCAAGAACAGGAUUAAUACCGCGGUGAUUCUGUGAUUAAAAACGGAUUCUGCGUCGGAAAAUAUAAAAAGUGCAUCAGAAAAAAAACUACAUUGCACUCGUUUUGCAAAACGGGAACUGUGUAGCGAUGGGAGAGGGUUGGGACCGCUCUCCCCUGUAGGAUGGUCGCUCACAGCGCUGUGGAAGAACAAGACACAACAACCAAAGCGUCACCUUCUAGACCUCUAGGCGCCUCCCCCACCUUCCUCUCGACUCCACACUCGGACCUCCACGCAACCUCACCAUCAUCAUCAUCAUCAUCAUCAGUCUCCCAGUCGCACCGUCAGCGCCCAUCCAACCAGUGUGUGGCGUCCCCUAUCCCAGGACCAGACCUGUUAGACCACCAGCCCCCUCUUCCCCUCCUGGACCCAGUGCCCACCCACUUUCCUCUGUUCCCCUGCAAGGUUGACUUCCUGUUGAUCACUCGGACGGCCGCCAUGUUGGAACGUUCCGGCUUCUACUGGGGCCCGCUAGGAGUGGAGGAGGCUCACAGUCGACUGAAGGACGUUGCCACGGGAACGUUCUUGAUCCGGGACAGUCGUCAGAAAGACGUCUUCUUCGCGCUGUCCUAUCGCGCGGCCAGCGGCCCGGUCAGCGUACGCAUCGUCUAUAAGGGACAACGGUUCAGCCUGGCAGGAAGUGAGCACUCUUUCCCUUGCCUCUUUCUCCUGCUCGAACACUACAUUCAUUCCUCUAAGAAAAGCCUGACCGUUCCGUACAGGAAGCAGCGCCCUACGCUCCAGGAACUGUGCAGGAAACAGGUCGCGGAGUCGUGCGGCGGCGAGGUGGAACGGGUCGCCAGGGUCCCCGUCAACCCAGUUCUAAAACACUUCCUGUUAGAGUUCCCGUACAGGAUAUGAUGUCACAGGGGAUGCCGUUGAGGCGGGACUGAUUUGGAUCGGGUCGGUACUGAAGGGUACGUACAGGAUAUGACGUCACAGGGGAUGCCGUUGAGGCGGGACUUGAUUUGGAUCGGGUCGGUACCGAAGGGUUUUUCGGAUCGGUCGCUUUGAAACUAGAGACCGGGUCGUGGUUAGAAACGAGGUCAGAGUUCAAAACCGCACCCUGUUCUCUAAACGGUGCACUACUCGACAGGGUCAUAGGUCACACUUGGUCUGGGUUUGGGUUUAUCCGGUUUGGUGGUGUUUGGGCGGCUGCAUUAAAGAACCACCACCGGGGUUCUGGUUGUGUUCUGAUCCGGGUCGCUGACCCUGUGAGGUGGACGGUGUGGUUAGUGGACUGGUUCUGCCGUUGUAGGCAGGGCUGGGUUCGCUGUAGCACAACAACUCAAGCAUCAAUACUUUACAAUGUUUACAACGACCAGGAAUGUUUACGCUACACAAUAUUACAGUACUGUAUUUAUAACUGUGUACUCUCUGGUACUAACGGGUAUAACCGUGUACUCUCUGGUACUAACAGGUAUAACUGUGUACUCUCUGGUACUAACAGGUAUAACUGUGUACUCUCUGGUACUAACGGGUACAACUGUGUACUCUCUGGUACUAAUGGGUACAACUGUGUACUCUCUGGUACUAACGGGUACAACUGUGUACUAUGUAGUACUGGCGGGUAUAACUGUGUACUCUCUGGUACUAACGGGUAUAACUGUAUACUCUCUGGUACUAAUGGGUACAACUGUGUACUCUCUGGUACUAAUGGGUAUAACUGUGUACUAUGUAGUACUGGCGGGUAUAACUGUACUCUCUGGUACUAACAGGUAGAACUGUGUACUAUGUAGUACUGGCGGGUAUAACUGUGUACUUUGUAGUACUGGCGGGUAUAACUGUGUACUUUGUAGUACUAAUGAGUAACUGUGUACUUUGUAGUACUAAUGAGUAACUGUGUACUUUGUAGUACUAAUGAGUAACUGUGUACUAUGUAGUACUAAUGAGUAUAACUGUGUACUAUGUAGUACUAAUGAGUAUAACUGUGUACUAAUGAGUAACUGUGUACUAUGUAGUACUAAUGAGUAUAACUGUGUACUAUGUGUACUAUGCAUCAUAUCUGCUGUGCAGACUACCUCUAGGGGUGUUUUAAUGGAUAAUAAAUAUGACAUUUAUAUUUCA